AGAAGUAAAACGCCCCCAACCCUUGUGUAUUGGACCCCCAGUUUGGAAAGGACACUAAAUGCGUCUAGCCAGUGACGCCUAUGUGUCUCUUCCUGAAUCCUCCGCUGGUGACCCAUCUCCAGCCUCCUGUAGUAUCUCCGACUGCCCACAGUCCUGUCGUUGCUGCUGAAGUUACCAUUAGCAACUGGGCAGCGCCCGGCUUAACAACCCACCACCGCUGUUGAUGUCCUGGUCAACACAGUAAACUCCAGACAACAGUAAAGGCCUCAACAGACAAGUGGAUCAUAGGCUCUUGGAAUGUCGAUGAGGCUGGCCAUGGUUCACACGUAAGGUCACAGUGAGUGGCUCUGCCAUGUCACUGCCAGGAGUCGGUGUGUUUGGCACGGGGAGCACUGCCCGGGUGCUGGUCCCGCUGUUGAAAGCUGAAGGCUUUGAGGUUCAUGCACUCUGGGGGCGAAGCGAAGAGGAAGCGUGCUGUUUGGCAAAAGAGCUAAGCAUCCCAUUUCACACAAGCCGAUCUGAUGACGUCCUGCUGCACCAAGAUGUUGACCUUGUUUGCAUCUAUAUUCCACCCUCGAUGACAAGGCAGAUUGCUGUCAAAGCACUGGGUAUAGGUAAGAAUGUAGUGUGUGAGAAAGCUGCAACUGCUGUGGAUUCAUUCAAGAUGGUGACUGCAGCCAGAUACUACCCCCAGCUGCUCAGCAUCAUGGGUAAUACCCUGCGCUUCCUGCCAGCUUUUGUUGCGAUGCGCCAGCUGCUGGUAGAGGGAUAUGUUGGAGAUAUACAGGUGUGCGAUGUCCGAGUUUACGGUCCAAGCCUCCUGGACCAGUCGUACGGUUGGACCUGUGAGGAGCUGAUGGGAGGAGGCGGUCUGCACACCGUUGGUUCCGCCAUCAUCGACCUCUUAAGUUACCUGACUGGUGCUCGAGCACAUCGCGUGCACGGCUUGCUGCGGACUUUUGUGCAACAAAACGGUUUGAUCCGAGGCAUCCGCCGUGUCACCAGCGACGAUUUUUGUUUCUUUCAAAUGUUGAUGGGAGGAACCAGGUCGAGCUCCAGUGGCGUGUGUUGCACCGUGACCCUGAACUUCAACAUGCCGGGGUCAUUUGUGCACGAGGUUAUGGUAGUUGGAUCCACUGGGAGGCUGGUAGCCAGGGGGACAGAACUGUAUGGUCAACGCAACGGGAGUAAAGGCGAGGAGCUGUUGCUAAGCGACAGUGGGUGGGUGGGACCAGAGGUGAAAGAGAUGCCCCUGCCCCACCUGCAGGGGCUGAGCUCCAUGGUUAAGGCACUGAGACAGUCUUUUCAGGCUCACGAGGAGCGCAGGUCGUGGGCACGGGGACCUGUUGCCAUGGCACCAACGUUUGAGGAUGGUCUGUACGUGCAGACGGUGGUCGAGGCGGUGAAACGGUCCAGCUGCAGCGGAGAAUGGGAGUGUGUUGAGAUCAUGAGUCAGGAGCCAGAUCCGAACCACAACCUGUGUGAGGCUCUGCAGAGAAAUAAGAACUAGUUAUAUUUAUUUACCCAGUGCAACUACUACAUGUCUGACAAAACUGGGCUCUGAAUGUUGCUCCUUUAACCCUGCUGCUUUGGCAGUUUACAUCACACAUGACUACUUUGCAUUUUCACAUUUUGAGCAGAAUAUUUUGGUUGAGAGGAUGUAACUGUGUAGUGGAUGUUUGUUCCCUCACAGUUGGUUUUUUUUUUUGGGUUUGGACACUAAAUUGUCAUCCACAGCUCCAUUAUUCUGAUUCUCACCAGAAAAUAUUACAAAAGCUCCAUAUUUAGAUUAAGUGUGCCAAAAUCUACCAUGCCAAAAAGUAGACACAGUCCUUAUUGUCGCUGAAGCUUUAGGUCAUGGAAUCAUGACUGCAAAGUUACCUGCUAAAUGAGGCUGAUAUGCAUCAACUGUCAGUAAGACACCACACCUAUGUCAAAUAUUGGGUGAGAGCAAAACUGCUUAGGCCUUCAAAAAAAAAAAAAACAAGUGAAUGUCUGACCGUAGCCUUUCUUUUCACUUCAGGCAGUUUCAGUGUGUACAUUAAUGUAGAAAGCAAAUUCCUUAUCCUUGUACCUUAUCCUUGCAGUUGGACAAAAAUACAGAUCUUCCUCAAGUACAGCAGAAUUUUUUUAAAGGAAAGUUAGUGGAGCUGAAGUGAUUACAAGAGUUGGAGGUUACCAUGCUCUGUGAAAGAGCCAGCAGUGCUGUCAAUCCUGAGAAUUGGUGCACAAGCAUAUAUACACAUGACUUGCUUCUAACAGCCCUGUGCUCAGUUUUGGGUCAUGACCAGUCACUAACAAAGAGUUUGUCCAAGCUGUGUGAGGUUAAAAUCUUACUGCAGGUUUACAGUCCAACUGAGAUUUCAUUUGAAUUGUACAUAACAUUUACACAUUUAUAAAUAUUCUGGUGUUAAUGUAUCCAACACCAGUUGCACCUUGUUCUGAACUGAAGUGUUUACUUCAGACAUGAAUGUGAAUAUCAAAGCAUGAGGAUGAUUUGACUAACAAAACACUUUUCACUGGCAGCAGUGUGGUGACUCUGUCAGCAUUCAAAUGAUUCUCCAGUUCAACCUCUGUAAAACUCAGAACAAGAAUAAUGGAGCUGUGCAGAGUUUGUCUUUUUAAUGUGUAUUAAUAAGCAUAAAUUUAGAUUGUUGAAAAGCUUGCUAGAGGGGCUAAUAGGUUUUUAUGUUAUUACCUGCCAUUGCUUACAUAAGAUACCCUAAAAUAAGCUAUAUAGAGAAGAGAAUAAUAAGUUUGAUUUGCCCCUCAAAAUGCCCAUUUCUUAAAGUGGUACUUCGUUUUAAAUUGAUCUUUUGAGUAUCACUCACCCUAUACGUUAGAAAAGAGGCUGUUAGAAGUUGUAGUUUCCUGCUUCACAGACAGAGCAGCUGGAUUUUGUGUCCAUUACAGUGGACUUCAGUUUUUCUGGUAUCAUCUAAAUUCUUUAUACCACACCUGCAUCAUCUCACUAUUUCCAUCUAUAAUUUAAUGAAAUUAUACUAUUCCCAAAUAAAUAAUGGAUUCUGUGUUUUCAGUAAUAUGUUGGGUAGAUGUUGACUGUGUGGAACAAACAGAACAUAUGUAAGGGCAGUGGGGAAGUGGAUUAUGCCUCAGAGGGAUUUAUAGGACUGGUGCCUGUGAAAACUUGUCACUGAUGGUCGGCUACUGAACCACUGAAACUGACUGUGAAGGAGGAAACUACCAACUUUCAACAGUCGUCUGUUAAGCUUCCACAGCGGACAGAUUAUGGGCGGAGUAAUACAUUAAAUUUCUUUACAUUAGCAGAGACAGGCUCAUCCUAGAAAGUGACCUUUUAUUGUUGAACUGUUUUAAAUAGACAGCCUGAGUUUAAAAUGUGUGUAAAACUUUUGUUUACAUGUCUUAACCAUUGAAGUAAUUUUAUGUGUUUUUUUUUUUUUUUUUUUUUACAAGAUUUAGUUUGAUGCAAUCUAUGCAUUUAAAGUUAUUAUAGAUGUUAAGAUCCAGAAGUUGGGGCCACCACCUAACCCCCCACCCACCAGUCAUCCUGAAACCUUCCUGAUUUUUUCAUUGAGUAGAACCACUGGAUUUGACAUGCACAAGAGUAGAAAUGUGAGUUCAGACAGAGAGACCGGAAGUGUUAAACAAUUUGCAGUUGUUCUAGUUGCUCACUGCAUCUCAGUUCUGCUGAACAUCUCACGUAAUAUAGAAGGCAGAUGCAGUGUCUGCCCCCCUCUCAGACCCACGCAGCAUCUGCUAAUAAGGACACAUACACGUUACACGCUUACCUCACGCUAUCCCAACAGUGCUUUAUAAAUAUCAAGUUUACAUUACGUGUCUUUAACACAUUUGUCUGCGGGACGCUCCAUAAUCCACCACUAUUAAAAUGCAUUCCAGCAAUCUUUUCACUGUCUCAUCAACAGUUGUUUUUGUUUUGUUUUUUUGCACUGAUAACUGAUGAAAUGUCACCUAUUUAAUAUGCAGUGUCAUGCUUGUACCAGCCAGCUCACUGCAAAAAUGAAUUUAACAUUUGUCUGUAUAAGGAAGACUUUUGGUAUUUAUUUAUGUCUUGGUGUGGAGAAAGUUUUCCCUCAUUCAUCCUGUUCAGUGUUUGUGUUUUCAGCCUGUGAAUUUCUGUUUAAAGCUGUAAUAUUUAUCUCGUUUAGCUUUAGUGUUGUUUUAAUUGACAACAUGGCUUUUUGAGUACACUGUGUUGCAUUUAAGUCGGGAAACUGUACUGUUCAUCUGCCUGACAGAUAUUUCCUUUAAUAAAUACAGUUGUCUUCA